UUCCAAUGACCUCGCAACGGCCACGGACACCGCGUGUGCGUGCACGCUACUGCGCCUGCAUAUCGCCGGUCCUGGGACGGCUGGGAUCUUUAAAUGGAGACGGCCACGCGUGAGCCGUGACGUGCUCCUAUCAUUCGCCGUGCCUCGCAAAAGCAGUUCGAUCACAACGUAGUCUUCCAGAGAUAGACGUGGCGGUAUCGCUCGAUAAAUGGACCCGAGGGCAUUAGUAGGGCUUGACAAUCGACGAAUUUAUUGAGCGAUGGAAGAGGAUGACGACAAGGUUUCUCUUACAUGCGCGCCACGACGAAGCAGUGCUCCUGAGUCUAGCGCUCGGUCCAGCGUGUAUCAGUCGGUGCAGAACAGCUUGAAUCAAGGCUCGCAACAGACAUUGUAUCAAAGCGUUCGUAACACUUUGUACGAGGACGCUAUGAGUGUGAACAGCAUGCGCAGCGCAGUCUCCCUGGAUAAUCUCUACCCUACACAUACCGAUGAUUCGUCCACUGUAAAUAAUGACACAAAUGAUACAGUUUUAGAAGGAAGCUACACAGAGAAGAAAAAUAAUGCACAUGAUGCAAGAUUGCUUUCUUAUUCCGGGACCAGAUACAGUUUAUAUUUUCAUGAUGAAAUACGCUCAGUUGAUUUCGUACUCGUGUGGGACGAGUAUCACAGAGAAGCACAAACUCAUCGCAGCGUCGAACGUAGAAGAAUAUUUGAGAAGAAUCUGGAAAAAGAAGGAAUACAAUUGGAGUACGAACAAGCGGAACCAAACGGCUUGCACUUUAUAAAGAUUCACGCGCCCAAGGAAGUUUUGCGACGAUACGCCGAAAUAUUGAAACUCCGACUGCCAAUGAGAGAACUGCCUGGUUGCCAAAUGCCUGAAACCAGCAGUAACGUUAUUAUCAAGGAAGUCAAUUCAUUUUUUCGACGGAUUAUGAACAAAUAUUACGUCGACACGACUAUCUUCCCGACGAUGAAGCAGAACUUUACAGCGGUGUAUAGCAGAGACAAAGAUUAUUUAUUCGAUCUGGAUUCGCCAAAUUUUUUCACACCGGCAACUCGAUCGCGUAUCGUGCAAUUUAUCUUGGACAGAACUAGAUUUACGGAAACCAAGGAGGACGAUUUCGCAUUUGGUAUCGAAAGAUUGAUAUCCGAACACGUAUACGUUGCAGCGUAUCCGCUUCACGAUGGAAAUCUGCACACUCCAGAUUCAAUGCGAUAUCUUUUGUACACCGAAUGGGCCAGUUUGAGAAAAUGCCUUCAUUAUCAGCCCUUGGAUUAUAUCAAAGAGUACUUUGGGGUGAAGAUCGGACUUUAUUUCGCCUGGCUGGGAUUUUACACUCACAUGCUGAUUCCAGCCAGUAUCGUCGGUCUCUUGUGCUUCAUAUACAGUUGCGCUACUUUGUACUACAAUGAUCCGAGUGAAGAUAUUUGUAAUCGUAACGGUACUAUCCAGAUGUGUCCAUUGUGUGAUCAUAUUUGUGGAUAUUGGGAUCUAAAGGAAACAUGUUUACACUCGAGGAUUACAUAUCUGUUCGACAAUCCAUCGACCGUGGUUUUUUCUUUUUUUAUGUCAUUAUGGGCCACAUGGUUUCUUGAACUAUGGAAGUUAUAUUCUGCCGAAAUAACCCACAGAUGGGAUUUGACUGGUUUAGAUGCUCAAGAAGAAUAUCCUAGGCCACAGUACUUAGCACGGCUUGCGCAUAUUAAGAAGAAGUCUGUCAAUAUUGUUACAAAUGCGGAAGAGCCACAAGUACCAUACUGGAAGAUGAGAUUGCCUGCUACAAUUCUCAGUUUUUCAGUUGUUCUACUUUUGAUAGUUGUAGCUAUGGCUGCUGUACUUGGAGUAGUUCUGUAUAGAAUGUCGGUUUUAACUGCGUUAAGCGUUUCUGGUCACCCAAUGGUGACCAGUUAUGCUAUAUUGUUCACUACCGCGACCGCCGCAUGCAUUAAUCUUUGUUGCAUCAUUUUGUUCAAUUGGUUCUAUGUUUGGCUGGCAGAAUAUUUGACAGAGAUUGAAUUACUUCGUACUCAGACUGAAUUUGACGACAGCUUGACUCUGAAAAUUUAUUUAUUGGAAUUUAUAAAUUAUUACGCCUCUAUAUUUUACAUAGCAUUUUUCAAAGGACAAUUUACCGGUUAUCCAGGACAGUUUAGGCGCUUUAUGGGAUCUCGGCAAGAAGAGUGCGGGCCAGGUGGUUGUCUCUUGGAAUUAUGCAUUCAAUUGAGUAUUAUUAUGAUUGGCAAACAAACCAUGAACACUAUUUUGGAAAUGCUUUUUCCGCUUUUCUUUAAAUGGUUGAACACUUUGAAAGUUCACGUUGGUUCAAAAAAGUUGGAAGAUCCAAAUAAGAGAUAUUCAUCUAGAAAAUAUUUGCAAUGGGUCAGGGAUUAUAAAUUGGUCCAAUGGGGACCUAGAAGUCUUUUUCCCGAAUAUUUAGAAAUGGUGCUACAAUAUGGAUUUGUUACGAUCUUCGUUGCUGCGUUUCCAUUAGCGCCAUUCUUUGCAUUACUGAAUAACAUUUUCGAGAUGAGAUUGGACGCGAAAAAGUUGUUGACCAUGUACAGGAGGCCAGUGGGACAGCGUGUCAGAGACAUAGGCAUAUGGUAUCGCAUUCUCGAUUCCAUUUCCAAAUUAUCCGUUAUUACAAAUGGAUUCAUCAUAGCUUUCACCUCGAACUUUAUACCGAGAUUAGUUUACCGUUUCACAAUUUCUGAUAAUUAUUCAUUAGAAGGUUUCCUGGAUUAUUCUCUAUCAAAGUUAAAUACUAGUGAGCUGGAAAAUGGAUCUCAGCCAAAUGUAACGUUAGGUCAAGCUCCAGUCGAGAUCUGUCGCUAUCCGGAUUAUAGAGAACCACCAGACUCGCCAAACAAAUACGAAUGGACCGUCAUGUUCUGGCAUAUACUAGCGGCUAGAUUAGCUUUUAUCGUCGUUUUUGAGAAUAUUGUGGCACUCGUGAUGAUCCUUAUACGAUGGUGCAUUCCCGAUAUCAGUGCCAAGUUACGCAACAGGAUACGUCGCGAAGCGUACAUCACCAACGAAAUUAUUAUACAUCAAGAAGCACUACGAGCUUGCGAAAGGCCCGAGAUGAAUGGUAUAGAGCCAAGAAUUGCAAAAACGUACGUGGUUGCCAACGAGAGUGCCGACAGAUGGAACCGAGUCAUGGAAAAUUGCCUGACGACUUCGGAAUUUGAUCUGGAAGUCCACGGGAGUCCUAUCUCGCCCGUCAGUGCAGUCCCGCGUAUCAGUCCAGCUAUGGUCUGACAGAUAGGUUUCGUCAAAUCUCCGUGCGAUUCGCGAAUAGCAUAAGUUCUUGAAAACUUAUUAGGUCGGUGCAAAAAGUUCGUCGUUCAUGUCAAAAGAUAGAAUUAAUAAAAUUGAUAUUAAAGGGCUAUUUUUGUAAGUAAUUUUUAUUAAUUACAAUAGUCACUUGUAAAAUAUAUCUUUUAUCUAGACAAGGAGGAUGAGAGAGAACUUUUAUUUUUCUUUUUUAGAAAAUUUGUCAGUAGCUUUAAACAAUUGUAGCUGAAAUGAAAAAAAGAAACGGCAAACUUUUUGCACCACUUUAAUAUUAUCGUGAUUUUUCGCUAGUCGUGGUAUUAGACUUGCUCUGAAGAUCUGACGAAAGAGGAUAUUAUUUUUGAAAGUACAUAUAUGUACAUUAAAAGUAUAUAUUUUUAAUGCAAAGGCCACCAUUCUAAUUACCUCUAGCUUAUCUAAAUGUAACAGAUGCCAUAUAAAACUUGUUAUAUUUUUUUAUAGCGAAUAAGAAUCUCUGUAUAAAUUUUAUGAACUUUAUUAACACGUUAACUGCCAUGGGGAUCAUCCGUGAUUGACGCCUGACUUUUUAGCAGCGCUGUGAUCACCGACAUUAUAAAAAAAUAUUUUUUUAACUUAUAAAAAAUUAAUGCCGUUUAAUGUAAAAUCUUGAAUGACAUGAAUAGCUAGACAACAAUGUAAAGUAAAAGGACGAAAUUCAUGUUAGAAUGGAGAUAUAGCCUUAUUUAAUCAUAUGAUAUUCGAUAUUUCAUCAUCAUUUACUUACGAUGAUGAAAAAUUUGUGGUGUAUGGUGAGACAUACAUAACUGACUGGGCAGACAACGUGUUAACAGAAUUGAAAUUUGAUGUUUAUCUAUAUGUUGCGACCAUCAGAGUAAAUUUUUCUAAAUGAUAUUGCAAUAUUGAUAUAUAUGUAUAUAUUAUUGUUAUUUCUCUGGGAGUACAUCAACUUUAUCGCGACGAUUUUAUUGUUAGCAACGUUUCUGAAUUAUACAUUUUUACUACAAGUUUCUAUUAUUUUUAUAACGUUGUAUGUAAAAUAGUGAAGCGAUAUAUAUGUAUCUUUGUUGUAUCCUAUGGUUUAACUUCGGAGGAAAUAGAAUUAAUAAUAUUGCUAUUCAGCUGCAUACACAUAUGGUUAAGAAUAUAUAACAGACAUGUUACAAAAGCCAUAAUAAUCUGUCAAUAUUAGAUAUUAUGAUCUCUAAUUAUAAAUUACACGCACAGUAAUUGAUCAACAAUUUGCAAAUAUCAAGAAAUGCAUUAUUUAGCUGUCGAUCGAUUAAGAAUCAUUUCAUAUCCGAAGUAAAUCAUUGGGCACGAUGUCGCCGAAGAUUGUAAUACAUAAAAUUAUAUCUAUUAUUUAUAUAUUGUGUUAAAAACACGGGUUUUUCUCAGAAAGAUUAUGUAAACUGUAUGGGGUAGAAUCUCGUCUAAGUAAUUAUUAGAGCACACUGCUGUGAGAUAUUAUUUUUAUUAUAUUCCUUCUAGAAGAUCUUGAAACAAAACUAAUUGUUCCUUUUGUCAAUAUUUUAUUGUUACAUACUAUAAGGAUAUACAUCUCAAGUUUAUAAUCUCGAUCUAUAUAUUAAAAUAUUUUAAAUAAAAGAUGAAAG